AGCCCACUCGAGAGCCCGACCCGAACUUUCAAAACCACACCAUUAACACCUAAAACAUCCAGAUCAAGGUAGCUCCUCGAUCCACUCCUCCGCAGUCUCUCUCCUCCACUCCUCCGCCGUAUACAACUCCUCUCCGCCAUGGACACCGCCGGUUCACCCGACCCAAAUCCACCACAACCCACCACCACCACCGUCGUCGACGAUCCACUAAACAAUCCAUACACCUCCCUAAACAUCCUCUGCCACGACCUCUCCGAUCUCCAAGACCUAGCAACUCGCGGCGCGUGGAAAUCAAUCCUCGACAAAGUCGGCCACGCGCGUUCCCUUAAUCUCCUCACUAAACCCCACGAACACCUCACCUACCUCACCUUCAACGCCUUAGCUCUCACCAAGCUCCGCCGCCCCGUCGAUGCUAAUCAAGAGCUCGAAACCCUCCUCGAAAAUGGCCAAGAAGAUUUCAACUCCCCACAAUUCCAUUACCAAAAUUACCCUUCUCAUUACCCCAACAUGAAGGGCAAUUUCGUCCCUUUCGCUCUCCGUUGGCUCCAUGCUUAUCUCCCCCAGGCGCUUGGCCAGCGCGUGAAGUCACUCGACCGGCUUUACACCUUACUUGAUUACAUUAGAUCGAAAAAGGUUGAAACUUUAACCAACCCCAGUAAGGAAUCUUGGAAAAGGAGGGAAAUUUUGGUGUUGAACACGAUAAUUAGUCACCAUUUGAGUCAAAAAGAUUUUAAAUUGUGCUUGGAGUUGUUGAAUAUGUUGAUUGAGUUAUGUGGGAAUGAUGAUCCGAACGUGUUGUCGAAAUUAGGGUAUGUAAAAAUGCAGUAUGGUGAUGUGGAGGGCGCGAAAAAGGCGUUUAAUUCGGUGGAGGGGAUGGUAGGGAGUGAAAGUGAAGCGGGGUUGAGGAAUUUGGUGGGUAGGAAUAAGGCAUUAAUGUAUGUAGUGGAGAAAGAUUAUGUUUCUGCAGUUAGGGAGUAUGAAGAGUGUAUUGAAAGGGAUGGAAUGGAUAUGGUGGCAAUGAAUAAUAAGGCUUUGUGUUUGAUGUAUUCGAGGGAUUUAUCCGAUGCUAUUAAGGUUUUGGAGAAUGCUUUAGAGAGGGUUCCGACUGUGGCGUUGAACGAGACUCUUGUGGUGAAUUUAUGUAGUAUGUAUGAAUUGGCUUAUGUUAAUCAUUCGGAUAUUAAGAGGACGCUUAAUAAUUGGAUUGCUAGAGUUGCUCCUGAUGACUUUGACUCGACAUGUACUCGAACAUGAGGUAUUGAUUGUUCUUUGUAGAUGUAAUUGAGAAUGAGAAUGAGAAUUCGGAUUACGUUUUAAGUAAUCUCAUUUCCUCUUUCUAAUUGUGAUAUUGUAUUUUGUGAUGCACUUUUUGUUGUCUUAGAAUAGAUCAACACUUGCCUUGGUGUUAGAAAGAGUUGACUACUUGUAUUCUUUCCAGAAAUGAAGAAAUAAUGAAGUUAUUCUCAGUCACAAUUUUUUGACUA